AGCAACAGACAGAUUGGCAGGAAAGGCCUGUCAGCCGUGGCCUGUGCCACCCAGAGAGCCCCCAUCCAUGCAAAUGACCCGGGGAGAAACUGCCUGGCAAAACUCCAGCAAAAGUCCACUUGAGGUGAGGGGACCUGAGGAUUUGGUGAAGAGCACUGCCUCCCCCAGAACACCCCACACAUCCUGGGGUGCAGCAAAUCUGGCUUUCUGCCAGGAAUCGAUGCCAUAUGUUCCUGUGUCCCCACUGGCUCUGACUGGCUUUGCCAGAAAACAAUGUGGGAGAUCUCCCACAAGAAACAUCUUUCAUUUUCUCACUGUUGACCUUCAUAUGCACUUAAAAAAAAAAUCUUCAUGGCAUUUUCCUCCUGCAUUGCCCCUAGGCCAAAGCUAAAGGAACACAUUGGUCACUUGGCUAAGUCAUUUCUCUUCUGGAGUCUGGAGCACAAACUUCAUUUUCACAUGAUCCAGUGACAGUCCCAUGUCUUGUUUCAGCCGCAGGCAGAGUGCAAACCUGAUCCCUUCCCUAUUUCCUAGAGAGAGAUAUAAGAGCUCCCGGUUUUGGGGUGACAAACUGAUUUGCCUCAGCAGGACCUGUCACCCACACAAUGCCAUCUUUGUGAUUAAGAAAUCUCAACUAAACCACUGGAUGCUGCUCUCCAGACCUGGAAGAAAUUGUGCACCAAUGCUGUGGAUAAAUGGGUGUAUACAUUAUCAUAAUAACUGGCUAAUGAGUCCUCUAGGAAGCUCAACAAGCUCCCAAGAGAGAAGCAAGAAUCCAAAUGAGCAGCUGGGUGUGGUGCUCACCGAGGGAGGAUUUGUGAAAGGUGAGAAUAAGAAACUGGGACUCUUUGGGAGCUACGUCGACAUCUUCAGAGGGAUUCCCUUUGCUGCCCCCACAAAGACUCUGCAAGACCCUGAACCUCAUCCUGGCUGGGAUGGAACAUUGGAAACAAAGGAAUUCAAACCACGCUGCAUGCAGAUGACACUGACACAGACUGAUGUUCGUGGGAGUGAGGACUGUCUCUACCUGAACAUCUGGAUCCCUCAAGGGAGGAAACAGAUCUCUACCAAGCUGCCUGUGAUGGUUUUUAUUUACGGCGGCGCUUUCCUGGUGGGAGGCAGCCAGGGCGCCAAUUUCCUGAACAACUACCUGUACGAUGGGGAGGAGAUCGCCGUGCGGGGCAACGUCAUCGUGGUGACCGUCAACUACCGCCUGGGGCCGCUGGGCUUCCUGAGCACCGGGGACGAAAAUCUGCCAGGGAACUACGGGCUCAAGGACCAGCACAUGGCCAUUGCCUGGGUGAAGAGGAACAUCAAGGCCUUUGGGGGUGACCCAGACAACAUCACCAUCUUUGGGGAAUCGGCCGGUGCCACCAGUGUCUCCCUGCAGACGCUGUCCCCAAAGAACAAGGGCCUGUUCAAGAGAGCCAUCAGCCAGAGCGGUGUCGGGCUCUGCAGCUGGGCCAUCCAGAGGGACCCGCUCCUCUGGGCCAAAAAGCUUGGAGAAAAGGUGGGCUGCUCCACAGACAACACCACCAUCUUGGCCAGCUGCCUGCGCAGCUCUGACCCCAAAACCUUGACCCUGGCCUACCAUCUGCAGCUCACCCACCUGCCCAUGCCCCUGGUGCACACCCUGGCCCUGUCUCCCGUGGUCGAUGGGGAUUUCCUCCCAGACGUGCCAGAGAACCUCUUUGCCAACGCUGCCGACAUCGACUACGUGGCCGGGGUCAAUGACAUGGACGGGCACUUCUUUGCCGGUGUGGAUUUACCGGCCAUCAACCGCCCGCUGGUGAAAGUCACUGCGGACGAGGUGUACAAAUUGAUCAAAGGCCUCACCGUGGACAGGGGCGAGGCUGGAGCCAACGCCACCUACAACAUCUACACACAGAGCUGGGGUGAGAAACCCUCGAAGGAGGUUGUGAAGAAGACGGUGGUGGAGCUGAUGACUGACUACAUCUUCCUGAUCCCCACACAGAAGGCACUGGACCUGCACGUGCAGAAUGCCAAGAGCGGCAAGACCUACAGCUACGUGUUCUCGCAGCCGUCCCGCAUGCCCGUCUACCCCAGCUGGGUCGGGGCAGACCAUGCUGAUGACCUGCAGUACGUGUUUGGGAAGCCCUUUGCCACCCCCCUGGGCUACCUGCCCAAGCACAGGACUGUCUCAAAGGCCAUGAUUGCUUACUGGACCAAUUUUGCCAGGACUGGUGAUCCCAACAAAGGGAAUUCAGACGUGCCCGUUUCCUGGCCAGCCUACACCAGCAAGGGCAAGUACUACCUGGAUAUCAACAACAAGAUGAGCAAGAACUCUGUGAAACAGGACCUGAGAUCAGAGUAUGUGUCAUUCUGGAACUCAGAUUAUCUGCAGCUGCCACAGGUUGCCAACAUCUCCCAGUCAGAGUUACUGUUCUGAAUCUUUUGAAGAAAAUUCAUUAAAACCUUGCAUGUA